UGUUUAAUUAGGCACUAAGCGUUGGCACACUGAAGAAGUAACCAUGUCCGGGCACGCCGCGCCGGCGCCGCACGUCGUCGAGGACUAUCGCGGCGUCAUCCAGCUCCUCAGCGACGGCACCGUCGUCCGCUCCGAUGCCGGCUCCGGCGCCGGCGCCCUGCUGCCGCCGGAGGACUUCCCCGACGUGCCGGGCGUCCAGUGGAAGGACCUCGUGUACGACGCUACGCACGGGCUCAAGCUACGCGUGUACCGGCCGCCCACCGCCGGCGACGCCGAGAGGCUGCCGGUGCUCGUCUGCUUCCACGGCGGCGGCUACUGCCUCGGGACGUUCGAGAAGCCCAGCUUCCACUGCUGCUGCCAACGCCUCGCGUCGGAGCUCCGCGCCGUCGUGCUCUCCGCCGACUACCGCCUCGGCCCCGAGCACCGCCUCCCCGCCGCCAUCGACGACGGCGCGGCUGUCUUGUCAUGGCUGCGUGACCAGGCCAUGUCCGGACCGGGCGCCGAUUCCUGGCUCGCCGAAUCGGCCGACUUCGCCCGCGUGUUCGUCGCCGGCGAGUCGGCCGGCGGCAACAUGAGCCAUCACGUCGCGGUGCUGAUCGGCUCGGGCCAACUCACCGUCGACCCGUUGCGCGUCGCCGGGUACAUGCUCCUCACCCCCUUCUUCGGCGGCGUCGAGCGCGCGCCGUCGGAGGCAGAGCCACCGGCCGGCGCGUUCUUCACGCCCGACAUGUCCGACAAGCUGUGGCGUCUGUCGCUGCCGGAGGGGGCGACGAGGGACCACCCGGUGGCGAACCCGUUCGGACCGGACAGCCCCAGCCUAGCGGCGGUGGCGUUCCCGCCGGUGCUCGUCGUGGUGGCCGGGCGCGACAUCCUCCAUGACCGCACCGUGCACUACGCGGCGAGGCUGAAGGAGAUGGAGAAGCCGGUGGAGCUCGUCACCUUCGAGGAGGAGAAGCACCUGUUCUUGUCGCUGCAGCCAUGGAGCGAGCCAGCCAACGAGUUAAUCCGAGUCAUGAAGCGAUUUAUCCACAAAGAUGAAGGUUCUAAUAACUUCUAAAUCCAAGUAAAUUAAGUUGGAUCAGUAGAGAUGCAUGGUUGGUGUUCUCAUGUGGUCUGAAUCUGUGUUCUGUUUCAUCUUUUGUGUAAGUGUGCAACUUCGAUUCUGUAAAACUUGGCAAGUAGAUGAACGAUGUCAUUUAUAUGCGUGUAGCUUGUCAAAAUACAAAGUAGAAACCUGUAUCUGAAUAAGAUGGCAUUCAUGAAAUAAUAUUAUCGAUUGAACGAACGAA